UUCUUCUAGCUCUACCACACAGGGUAAGUCCAUCUAUCUUGAACUGAAAGAACCACAUUAAACCUUCUAGUGUGAUUUCUUUUAUUCUUUCCUUUUUUUUGCCCUCCGAAGAUAUUUUCUUUUUUUCCUAAGCAAACCCACUACCGAUCCUCGAUUUGAUUUUUUAACUUUUGCUUUCACUUUUUCCUACAUACGCCUUUAUACACAUACCUACUUCAUCAUCGAUCGUGCUUUACAUACUAUAGUACUUUCCAACAACCUAUUGCGACAAUUUCCCAUCCCCCCCCUCCCACUUCGCACCUGCACCUGCCUGCACCUUAAUUCUACAUUCCUUGUUACUGCAUAAAAUUGCACCCACUUUGCACGUUCCCUCUCGUCUCGGCGCCCCGAUAAUCGGUUGCAUUUACUAAAUUCAAUUCCUUUUUUUCUCCCUCUUUAGAUCGCAAACCUUCCAACCGAAGACAAUCGCAAUCACAGCAGUCGUCGCUAGCAAAAGCGGCGAUGAACAACCAACGUCGGUUUUCCACCUCAAAUUCUCCUCCUCGAUCUAUCCCGACGCCUCCAGAACACACAACCACAACCGAGUCCGAUUCUCGUACCACCAGCUCCGACGCUACUCUGGCCACUACCGGUACCACCUCUCAUGAUGGCACGUCAGCAUCACCACCCACACCCGUGUCCUUAAAUGGCGACAGUACUGGCGUCUCCCAUCAAAGCACUCCGAGCCAGAAGGGCCUUGCGCCACCUACGCUCAACAACCUACCACAUGUUAGUCUCGGUCCAGUCGCGCAUCCCUCUGCGCAUCCCUCAUAUCUAGAUAGUGCGCUCAGGGCCAUAAACGAAGGGUCUGGUGGAGCUGCCGUCCGCGAUUUUCCUGCGCCUUGGUCUAACGAUUCUCCAUAUACGAAGAGUUAUUCUUCUACUGCAUCAACUUCCCCGCGAUUUCCUCCGGUACGACAGAACUCGGGAUCUCAGACCCCUCGUGUGCGACCUCAUGCUACGACACUUAGUAUCCCGGGGAUGACCCGAUCGCUCAUCUCUCCUGAUGGAAAAAUUGCCGACAGAGAUGUAGCUGCCAAACUAGUCAUCAUCAUGGUUGGCCUCCCGGCCAGGGGCAAAUCGUACAUCACGAAGAAGCUUCGAAGAUAUCUUUCUUGGCAACAACACAACACCAGGAUAUUCAACGUUGGAAACCGAAGACGUGUUGCGGUCGUGAACUCUCCAACCAAGCAUCGCAAAGAGAGCUCCAUGGAUAUGCCAGCACAGGGGACUACUAUCCUGGUGAACGGCGCUCAACCGCCUACUCCCGACUCUCCGGUUCAGAAGAAAUCAUCGGAUCAGGACAAUUCCAGUCCGCAGGCUAUGGACCAAUCCGCUAAAUUCUUCGACCCCAAUAAUGAACAAGCCUCGAAGUUAAGGGAGGAAAUUGCCAUCGAUACUCUGGACGAAUUGUUGGACUACCUGCUCAACGGCGGAGGCUCGGUUGGCAUUCUCGAUGCCACGAAUAGCACCAUCCAUCGCCGACAGAAGCUUUUCGACCACAUUAAAGCCAGAGAACCCAAGCUUGGUAUCCUAUUCAUCGAGAGCGUCUGCCAGAACCCCACCCUCCUCGAAGCGAAUAUGCGCUUGAAACUCUCUGGGCCUGAUUACAAGGACAAAGAUCCUAUCAAGUCAUUGGCGGAUUUUAAGGAACGUGUGAAGGCUUACGAAAGUGCGUAUGUGCCUCUUGGUGACUACGAGGAGGAUCACGAAAUGCAAUAUAUCAAGAUGAUCGAUGUUGGAAAGAAGCUCACUCACUAUGGGCUUGGAGGGUUCCUCAGCAGUGGCAUUGCCCAUUACUUGUCAUCUUUCAACUUAUCGCCACGACAGAUUUGGCUCACUCGCCACGGUCAAUCCCUAGAUAAUGAGAAGGGUAAGAUCGGUGGCAACUCUGAGCUCACUGAUCGUGGCCACUUCUACAGCUUGUCACUGUACAAAUUUAUUACGCAGAAGCGAAAGGAGUGGUUAGUAGAGCAGAAGGAUAAGGUUGCGCAAUCGUCAUUUCCUCCUGUACCUGGCGAUCAAUCGCCUCCUUACCCAGACUUGAAUCGCGAGCUCGACGAGAAGAACUUCUGCAUCUGGACCUCGAUGUUAACACGCAGUAUUCAAACUGCCCAGCACUUCGAGGCAGAUGAAGAUUACGAUGUCAAGAACUGGGAGAUGCUCAAUGAACUUAAUGCUGGUAGAUUCGAAGGUAUGACAUAUGAGGAGAUUGCUCGUGAUCAUAAGGAUGAGUAUACCAAACGUCAAACCGACAAGCUCCAGUACGUCUAUCCUGGCGUUGGUGGCGAAGGCUAUCUCCAAGUCAUCAGCCGCCUUCGAGACAUGGUACGUGAGAUGGAGCGAAUAAAGGACCAUGUCCUAAUCAUUGGACAUCGUUCCAUCUGCCGCGUCCUGAUGGCGUAUUUCAUGGACCUCACCAGAGACGACAUCGCGGAUUUGGAUAUGCCACUGGGCAUGUUGUACGCUAUUGAACCCAAGCCUUACGGUAUUGAGUUCCAUGCGUACAAGUACAACGAAAGGAAGGGAUCGUUUGACGAGGUCCCAGGCUACAAACCCGCAAAGACGGUCGACCGCCAUGCCUAAGGGCCUAACAUCGAAACCAUUUAUUCCAUAUACACACACCACACCUACAUUGUAUUAUAUUUAGUCAUCAUUCAGGCGAAUAUGGUAAUGAUACCAUGAGACACGGCGGGCAUUUUGUCUUCGAGGCAACCAUUUGAUUUUCCCUUGUUUUUUUUCCUUACAGGGACCGGUUUGCAUGCUUUAGGAGUUUAGGGGAAUGGUAAACGGAACACAAGUCACGGAUUCAUGGGGAUUCUACAGCCGUGGUGAAGGCGCCUCGUGGGGCACAACGGCUUUUCACUGCUCCUUGCCAUUUUUUCAAUAAAACGCAGCUUUAUGAACUGCACAGGUGGAGGAUACCUAGCGGUGUGACAUGGACUCAGGAAUCGGCGUAACACCAGAUAGAUCCUCAUGGUAGCUAGAGGUCUACAAAUUCAUUAAUAUAGUGAAACUACUCAAUAAAGAGCCUCCUAAAUGCG